UAAUAGUACAGUGGUAUACGUACCGUAAUUGUUCAGUAUUAUGACAUUGAAAGUGGUCGUUUUGGGUGCUACUGGAAAAACUGGUUCACAAGUUGUUGACGAAGCUUUAAUCCGAGGUCAUCAUGUCGUUGCCAUUGUUCGAAAUCCGUCAAAAAUAACGCAGAAACACGCAAAUUUAAAGGUGGUUUCGGGAAAUGUGAUGUCCGCUGAAUUUCUAGCUCAACAAUUUCAAGAGCAGGAUGUUGUUAUUUCGUGUAUAGGCACAAAUACGCCAACUUUAUUCAAAGUUACUCUAUAUACAGAUACCAUGAGAAGCAUCCUAGAGGCCAUGCGAACAGCCGGAGUUAAACGACUCGCUACUGUUACAGCUUGGGGAACAAAAUAUGACCCCAAAGAUCAUGGACCAUUCUGGAUGGAGUGGCUGCUAAAUACAUUCCUCAUUGGUAGAAUUCUUACCAACAUGUCGGAAAUGGAGGAUAUGAUAAUGGCAUGCGCACAACAGAACGACGAUAUUAAAUAUACGGUUGUGCGUCCUCCUGGUCUGAAAGACGCUCCAAUGACAGAUAAAUUGAUUAUUGCAGAGGAGCGUAAUGUUCUGCAUCAAACGCCAUAUUUCAUCUCUCGUGCGGAUGUUGCUAGAUUUAUUCUGGAUUCCCUUGAAGGUGAUCAGUGGCAUAAUAAGGCCGUAGCGAUAGGAACAGAAUCUUAAUACUACAGGCCAAAUUCAUUUGUUUAUUUAUUUACCAAAGAGCAAAAACAAAUCUACCUUGUACGCGUACGACGAUCUAACGUUUGUCGUCGGUGGUUUACACACUGAACAUAAUAAUUAUAACAAUAGUAAUAAUAUAAAAGUAUUACAAAAAUAAAUUAGUAUGACAAACGGUAUUAGAAAGUGUGUGGGCCAGUAUUAGUCACAUUAUAUUGAUACAAUGUUUAUUAUAUUUUAAAGAAAUUAGACUAAUAUUUAAGUUAUCUAAUGGCAAUUUAUUCCGAAAAUUUUGAGCCUCUAAAAGAAAUAAAGCUCUCAGUACAGAAACCUAGAUCAUUCACAUAAUUAGCUAUAGCUGGCCAUGUCUUUCAUUCAUUCAUUUUUUAAAAGAAAUAUAUUAAUAUAUAAAAACAAAUAUAAAACAUUAAAGGUACCUUUAUCAUGUACAGAUAAAUACGGGCACCAGAAUAAAAUCCACAGAGGGCGUUAAGC